CUUGUAAUGUCAACCAAAUUCCGGUCAUUUCCGGGGUCCAUAUCCUUCUAACCAUUCCAUAUAUAAAUAUUAUCCCAAUGAGCUUAUAAACAUAGUUGAUUUUGAGUGUGAUAUCAUUGUUAACUCAAAGAAGAAGAGUUCUAACACAGAAACUUGUUAUUGGCAAAAAUAUAAACAUAUAGAUUCUCUUUAUAAAUAGCAACAAAUCUUAACAUGGCAGAGGAGUUUCAUGCUGGAAUUUGUGGUGAAACAUGGUGGAAUAUUAAUAAUUCAACAAGAAGUGUAUUCCCUCUUAUGAUGAAUUCAUCAUCAACAUGUUCUGUUGCAGCUAAUGAUGUAGGAAACUAUAGUACUUGGCAAAAUGAUUUUUUGGGUUUGAAGGAAACAAUAAGAACUUGUUCUGAUAUUGAAGUUAAUAACUUUGAUGUUUCUGAUUGUUCUCUAAGUUUUCUUGAUCCUCAGAAGCCACAAAUCAUGGGUUUUGACCUCUUAUCUCCAACUUCAUCUAAUUGGAAUCAGUCCCUAUUUAAUGAUUCACAAAUUCAAAAGGAGUGGAGCACAAAGAAUUUGUCAUCUACAAGUGGAAGCCAAGUUUCAAGAAUGGAUCAAGAAUUUUCCUUAGAACAACAGAAUAUGAAUUCUGGUUUAUCAUGUGGAUAUCCAAUUGGAUCAGUUAAUAAUUCCUAUAAUUACCCUUCAAGUUUGAUACAAAGUUUAUUUGAUCCAGAACUACAACCUGAACCACAACCACAACCACAAAACUCACUUUUUACCAACCCUUCUAUGUCCUCCUCCUAUUCAUCAUCCUCCAAUGAACUUUCACCAACAUGGACUUCCCUUAUGAAACAUUCAAUGCCAAAACAACAGCUUAGUGGAUUGCUCUUUUCAAACAAUACUCCUUUCUGGAAUGCUUCAGCUGAUGCCCUUAAUGACAUCAGAGCUGGAGUUUUUGUUUCGUCACAACCACAACAUCAAUCUCCUAAUUUUGAAGACAACAAAUUUAAUUCCCCAAAUACUCUAUUAAACAAGCUGAAAAGAGAUAAAUCUCCAGAAACGAAAAAUUCAUCAGAAACUGCAGUUAAGAGGCCAAGAAUUGAGACUCCAUCUCCAUUACCAACUUUUAAGGUCCGGAAAGAGAAGCUAGGGGACCGGAUCACAGCCCUUCAGCAAUUGGUUUCACCUUUCGGAAAGACGGAUACAGCAUCUGUUCUUCAUGAAGCCAUUGAGUACAUCAAGUUCCUUCAUGAUCAAGUCAAUGUUUUGAGCACUCCAUAUAUGAAAAGUGGAUCUCCCAUUCAACAUCAACAGGAUUGUGAUAAUGUGAAUGAGUCAGAAGGGAAAAAACAAGAUUUAAGAAGCCAAGGACUUUGUUUGGUGCCGAUUUCAAGCACAUUUCCGAUGACUAAUGAGACUCCUGUCGACUUCUGGACACCUACUUUUGGAGGUCCACUCUUCGGCCGAUAGAAAAAAGAUUCUACCAGUAGAGUGUAGUUAUGAGUACGACUGAGCAUGGAGUGUAAACUAAUUGAUGACAUGAAUUAAUUAUAUAUUUACAAAAACCUUGCAUGGUGCAAUAGACAAUCCAUUAUCAUCACAUUUACAUUUGUAAGGUAAAAGGAAGAAGACAAGAUAUUGGUAUCCAAAAGGAGAAAAGCUGAAGAGGCAAAAGAAGGAUAAAGGAGGAAUGGAAAAUAAAUAAAUAAAAAAGGAAGUAACACUUCAAAGAUGUUCUGGGCCAUGAUGUGUUUUAUAUAUGAACUAGAAAUUAGAGAUAGGUUGUUUAAGAUUAUACUAGCCCCCAUUAGGUUUUUGUAAUCAAAAGUUAAAGAGGGGCAGGAACAAGUGCUAAAUUCAGCAGCAUUAGACAUUAGAUUAUAGUUUUCUUUGUUCUUGUUUUAUGGCUGAAUUUAGCAUACCUAAAACGCCUUUUGUUCCUGCUAGUCGAUAUAUUUGAGUAGUAUAUAUCUUUUGAAUCAUAUCAUUAAUUAAAGGGGGAUGCACCCACUUUUAAUUUAUUAUUAUUUAGAUUA